CACUCGGCUCUGCUCGUCAUCGAUCUCUUUCACUGCGGCUCCAUCGCCGAGCGGACUGGCCCGCUGCUCUCAUCCGAGACUCUCAGCUCAGACUGUCGGCUCCGUGAAAUCACCAACGGCGGCUCCGUGAAGCCCUCGAGCUCGUGUCCAAAUGCAGGCUAUCAAAUGCGUGGUGGUGGGCGACGGGGCUGUGGGUAAGACCUGUCUGCUGAUUAGCUACACCACCAAUGCCUUCCCUGGUGAAUACAUCCCCACUGUCUUUGACAACUAUUCCGCCAAUGUGAUGGUGGAUGGAAAACCAGUGAAUCUGGGCCUUUGGGAUACAGCAGGACAGGAGGACUAUGAUAGGCUGAGACCACUGUCUUACCCACAGACGGAUGUGUUCUUGAUAUGCUUCUCCCUGGUCAGUCCGGCCUCCUUUGAGAACGUCCGAGCUAAGUGGUACCCUGAGGUGAGACACCAUUGCCCCAACACACCGAUCAUCCUGGUUGGCACCAAGCUGGAUCUGCGAGAUGACAAGGACACCAUCGAACGGCUGCGAGACAAGAAGCUGUCCCCCAUCACCUACCCACAGGGCCUGGCCAUGGCGAGAGAGAUCGGGGCUGUCAAGUACCUGGAGUGCUCCGCUCUGACCCAGCGAGGCCUGAAGACGGUAUUCGACGAGGCCAUCCGAGCCGUGCUCUGCCCUCCGCCGGUGAAGAAGCGGGGAAAGAGAUGCACCAUGUUCUGAGGAGGAGCCCACGGCUAACACUACACUACAUCACCAUGAACAACAAACACUACUUCUCUGAGAGGAUGAGAGAGAAAACUUGCGAGAGUGAGUGUGCACUGCUGAGACUGCUUUCUUUAUAUUGAUGUUUUUUCAAAACCAUAUUGGUAACAAAACCAAUAUUUAUUCCAAUUUUUUUACCAUUACUAAAUAGGGUUGUAGGUUCUCUGUGAAAGACAUUGACUGUCCAGCUACUUUGUACUCAUAGAACCGCAUCAUGUUGCCAUGAGGGAUGACAAAGGUUUCUGGAACUUGUUUUCAUACUGCGACAUCUCUUCUUUCUCAGCCAUGCUUGCUUGAAUAAAUGCAGUGUUGACUAGACAGAACGUGAACUGUGAAUACGUCAUCAGGUCUGAAGUUACCCUCAGCCUCUGUUCUAAGAUCAGCAGGUCACAGCCAAAUACUGCUGCUUCUAGUUUCCUCCAUCAUUUCUGUCAGGUAUGAUUGGAUUGUGCUCACUGAGGUAAACACUGACAUCUGAGGCCUCAACAAAGACCAGCAGUCAGAUGAUCUGACAGGUUGGCAGCUUCACUGUGUGGAAAGUUUUCAGCUGCUUGAUCAUGAUUUGGAUUUAAACAACUCAAAAGCAAGAUAGUGAACAAGAAAGGCCUAAUAGAUACCCACAGCUCACCUUUUAGUAGAUUUAGGAUAGUCAUUGCUUUACUUGUAUUGGAAAUUGUGAUAAUCUAUGCAUUUAAUCAAUGCAGUAUCACACAGAAAAAUUGUUGCGAGGUCAUGCUGUGGUGUCCUCUACCUUCGGACAUAGACAAAGAAACAGGUUUGUCUGGAACCCAGCAGCUCCUUUUUGUCUUCAAUCUUUUAAUGCACAACAUGAGUCAAAAAUUACCCAAAUCCAAUGGAAAAUGGGCGUCUCUUGACCCAUACCACACAUCAAAGGGUCACUCUGACAAGUUAAACUAGUCAUGACCAGCUGUAAGGGCUCUGGCUGUGUUUUUUGUCCUGUCAGACAUUACCUGAGUAAGUACAACAUCAUCAAUACCUGCAGGACUGAUGGACAAAACUGACUAAUUUCCUCUAAAUGGAUCAUAAGGAAGAGACAUGGCUUAGCAAGUAGGAGCAGCAACAUUUGCUCUACUAACUUUUAAUUAAAGCCAUGAAAAAAUCAUCAACUCAAGGUUUACCUUAUGGUUGAAUGUGAAGGCUUAGUCUUGAGUUUUAAGCAGUAGUUUGACUUUUAAAAAGAAAAUCAAGGCCAAUAGUAAUUUCACAAAAUAAUCUCAGCUUAGAGUCCACUUAUUGACUUCACAAGCUGUCAACCAGAUCUCAUGGUUUUCAUUCACAGAAACAUUUAAAGGACAAAAACAUCUUUGGAUCAUUUGCUGGGUCUUUAAGGAAUACUAUGAGAUGUGGUUGAAGGUUUUCUAGAAAGCUUGUGAGAGCAUCUGAGGGUGUUCUCCUCCAAGCUUCACCGUUAGCCGGGUGUAGAUGGUGCAUCCAAACUGUCCUUUUCUUUUAGGAUGAAAACAAAUCUGUUCUUUGAACGCACUUGUCUUCUUAUUUUAGACAAGCACCUGAUCUUAGUCAAGUGUCUUUGGGUAGCUUUCUCUAACUGUGAACAUGUGACAGAUGAGCAUGCCAAACACGGGGGCUGUAGAACCUUGCUGCCUGAGUUCUGCCUCUGAGGGUAGAGGAGCUUGCAUGGGUCUUAAAAUAUUCUGUCUUAAUUUAUCCCAUUGUUUAGAUUUUGUCUCUGUUCCUCUGUGUGUGCGUGUGUGUGUGCGUGUGUGUGUGUGUGUGUGUGUGUGUGUGUGUGUGUCACAGGCGUGUAUAUAAAUGCUGGUAUUUGUGUGUGUGGACGGGCACGUGUUGGUAUCAGUGAGACUCAAGCUCGUGUUGGUAUCAGUGAGACAGCGUUGUUCAACAUAAAAGACAGUAUUGUUUUAAGCCAAGUUUUUUAGUGUCCAGUUUUUGGUACUAUUUCAUAUUGUAUUGUAGUAAUACACACGAUUUUUCAACAAUCUGUGAACAUAAAGAAAGGAAAAAAAAAUGGAUAUCAGUGACAUCUAGUGAUUUACAGAAUAAUCCUUAGAAAAGAAAUGAAUAUCUAUCUACAUGUACCUGAAUAUUUAGCUCUUAAAACUAAAACAAUACAAACUAAAGGGAUUAUAGUCGCUCAUGUUGAAGUUAGAAGUGUUGCUAACAGUGUACAAUAAAGGGGCCAAUCUUUGCAGAGUUUGUUGUCGUGGCAAACAGUGUGGGUUGCACCUUUAUGAUAUGCAUUUCUGUAUGGUUGCAGGCCUGCGGUGUGUCUGUCUCCCCCGUGUGGUGAGACGCAGCACUGCAGCGCCCUCUGUCACGCUGUCUUUGGUUGGCAUAGCUGUGUGGUUGAGUCAUGUUGUGUGGUCCUGCCUAACUAAGGUGUCGAAAUGUAGCUGAGAAACGCAGCAAAAAAUUCUACUACUAAUAUUGCAUGGAAGUUCUCUGGUUAUUUGACCCACUGUAAUUCUUAGGAGAGGUUGUACGAUGAAAUGCAUUGACCAUGUAUGUAUGUAAUGUAAGAUGACUUGUAUACUUGUUCCAACUGUCUUAUUUUUUAUUACUUCACAUGUCUGUGUGGUGAAAUAUUUCAAUUUUUUGUAUACUAAAUACAAAUGUAUAUGUAAGGUA